UACUCCAGACCUGUAGGUGGUAGUAAUACUGAUACUGAUUCACAACCACCGAAGAAGUGGGAGAAACGCACGUGUAACACAGUGUCAACAUGGGCAAAAGAAGUCAGAAUAAGCAGCUUUUCACGACUUUAACCAAGAAACAGAAGAAACACUUGAAGGAAUUUGGAGAGGAGCAUCCGUUUCAUGAUGUAGUCGGUGCAAGACCAGAAAGAACUGAGAUAUUGGAACUGUCAGCAAGCCCAGAACAGUCCGACGUUGAGCGUGAUGAGCUGGAGGAUGAGGAAGAGGAGCCUGAGCAGAAAACAGCCUAUCAGAAGCUUCUUUCAACUCUCAGCCAAGUCACCAGUAAUGACGAAGAGGAGAGCACUGAUGAUGAAGAGGAAGAAGAAGAAGAGCUUCUUGGUGAAGUAGACAGUGAUGGAGUCGGUGAUGACAGUGAGCAUGGUGAUGAAGAAGAAGGGGCUGAAGAAGAACCCGAGGAUGCAAACGAGGCUCUGAUUGAAGCGGUAGAAGGGGAGGAGAUGGUGGAGAAGGAGGCAGGAGAUGAGUUUGUAGACAAGGAGCAUGAGUUCCAGUUCUGUCUGGAGACCAACUUCACAGACGAAGGAGGACAAGAGGACAGUGAGACCACUGCAGAGCAGGAAGACAGCAAAGACAUAUUUGUACAGCAUUUGGACACAGAGCUUGGUGAAGAGGAUGUGCAGAAGAUAACAUCUGGCAUCAAAGCCAAGGCUCAUAUCACGUGGCCAAAAUUUGGCACUUUACUGUGUACCAAUCCGCUGGAGAAGUUUGGAUCCAUCGGCUCACAGAAAGACACAAAGCUGCCAGUUUUCCACAAAGUUUUGGAAACCCACUGGAAGGAUCUGAACAAGAUCUCCAACUUUAAGGGAGUGCCUGAGGAGAUCAGCCCACUGCAGCUAGAGCUGUUAGCUUUAAUGGGCUCCUACAAGGACCUCUACAACCCAGAGACGUGUCCUCUGAACCAGGGCCCACAGGUUUGCAGCUCAUACUGCCUCCACGUGCUCAACCACGUACUGAAGGCCAACUCCCGGGUCCUCGCCCACAACGCGCUGCUAAGAGAGCAGAAAACUCAGUUUAAAGCUGGAGCUGAGCCGCAGGACGAACCCAGAGACCAAGGACUGACCCGGCCCAAGGCUCUGAUUCUCGUACCGUUCCGUGGCGGAGCUCUGCGAGUCGUCCAGACGCUCAUUAGCUUGCUGGAGAUCAAAGGCAGAAAGAUCGUGGUCAGCAACAAGAAGAGGUUCAAGGAAGAGUUUGGAGAGGAGGCAGAUGACAAGCCACCCAAUCUGCAGAGACCAGACGAUUACAGCGCCAUCUUCUCAGGCAACGUGGAUGAUCACUUCAGGAUAGGCAUCUCCAUUGUGAGGAGCAGCAUACGUCUGUACUCCCCCUUUUAUUCAUCAGACAUCAUCAUUGCGUCUCCGCUGGGCCUCCGUACAGUGCUGGGAGCAGAAGGAGAAAGUAAGAGGGACUUUGACUUCCUCUCCUCCAUCGAGCUGCUGGUGGUGGACCAGGCAGAUGUCUUACUCAUGCAGAACUGGGAGCACGUCUUGCAUGUGAUGAAGCACAUCAACCUGCAGCCGCUGGACUCCCAUGGAGUGGACUUCUCCAGGGUGAGGAUGUGGAACCUGAACAACUGGGCCAGACACUACCGGCAGACGAUGGUGUUCAGCUCCAUCCAGGACCCACAGAUUAACAACAUCCUCACCAAGCACUGUGCCAACUACCGUGGACAGAUUGCCACUAAGAACGUGCCAAAAACAGGAUCCAUCUGCCAGGUGCUGGUUCAGCUGCCCCAUGUGUUCCAGAUGUUCUCCUCUGACAGCUUCAUGGACCACGAUGCCCGGUUUCAGUUCUUUGUAGACAAAGUACUGCCUCAGUACAGGGACUCGGUUAUGUCCCACACUCUGAUCUACAUCCCGUCUUACUUCGACUACAUCCGGUUGCGCAACCACAUGAAAAAAGAAGAGAUAAAUUUUGUCAGCAUCUGCGAGUAUUCCAGCAAGUCAGAGGUGUCCCGAGCCAGACACUUCUUCCAGAAAGGGAAUCAACAGUUCCUGCUCUUCACUGAACGCUUCCACUUCUACAAGAGGUACACCAUCAAAGGGAUUCAGAACCUGAUAUUUUAUGGGUUGCCCUCAUACCCCCACUUCUACAGCGAGGUGUGUAACAUGCUGGCAGCGGGGGGUCAGGGGGAGGAGGCCAGCUGGACUGGCACUGCCCUCUACUCCCGCUACGAUGCCCACAAGUUAGCUGCCAUCACCGGAGCCCAGCGAGCCGGACAGAUGCUGCACUCCAGCAAGACUGUUCACCUCUUUGUUACAGGAGGGGAAGAUAAAGCCUCCUGAUGGAGCUGGACAGAUAAAACAGGGACCACUUCAAAAAUGGGAGAUAUCUACCAUACGCUAUUUUAGUAGGAAGUCCCUGUAUUGGGUGUAUGUUGAAUGCAGGUCUGUGAUAGUGGAUUGCCAUGUGACACGUCUCAGAGUAAAGUGUACCACUUGAACAUGCAGAAGAGAAUGAUUGCCAUUAUAUUCGUACAGUAUGCACCAGGUUAAAACAUGUUUAUGGCCUUUGUUCGAUGUGUCCUAGAUGGAAGCCAACCAGAGACCUCGAGCUACAAAGUGAAGGGACCAUAAAAUAUUGUUAUAUUGUCUUAUAAAGCUUGUAGGUGAGCAGUGUUAUAAGAUGUUGAAUAAACAUAUCUGGUUGCAUGUGUGUUUCCAGAUUCAGCAUACAGUAUAAAUAUUUAAUUAUCUUCCCUAUCAUUUGUCAAGAGCUGAUAUUUGUAGCAAUACCUGUCCUGAAAGUGCUAACAUUCUGAUGUUAAAAUGUUCAAUAUCAGUUUUUAGAUUUUAUGGCUGUUAGUAUGGUAGCAUAUCCAAUGUAAAAGUGUUUAUAAUUAAAGCUGGGGUAGGCAGGUU